GAUACAAAUCUACAAUUCAAAAUGGCACGCAUUUCGCUUGUAUUGUUGUCACUAUAUAUUUGGAGAUUAUAUCUAAGAAAAUAAAUGCAAAACACUUUAUGGUUUUAACUUUAAUUAAAAAAGGACAAUGUAGUAUUGGUUUAUAUCUUAAAGAUUGUUUGGUGAAUAUGGUUAUUUUAGUAUACAAGCCGGUGAAUACUCCAGUUGUUCUGAAAUAAUUCUGAAUUCUUCACAAUUUUUAUGAUGACUUCGGUACAGGAAUUUUCAUGUAUAUUUUGCAAGGAAGCCUUCGAAGAUAAAGAGACAUUACAAGAACACUUCAGGAAGCAUGGAGAUCCGAAAUUUGAUCAAACUGCAAAAGCUAAAGUUCGGAAUCAGAACGAAUCGCCGACGUCCAUUGAUACUGCAAAAGACGACAAUGAAAUGGUUUCAUGUGAUGUAUGCCCCGAAGUGUUUCCCACAAUAUCGAAAGCGAUAACUCAUAAACACAAAGUGCACCCAGACCAUGACGCCAAGUAUUUUUGCCCAUGGUGUGGCAAGCUGUUCACUUUAAAGGUAAGUGUAAUUUUGGAUCUUGCUCACGAUGAAAUUGUUACGAGAAACGUUAUUAAAAAUUAUCACUGCUCAUAAUGUAAUGAAAUCUAAUUAGAUUGAUUUUGUUUAUUAUUUUGUUGAAUAUCACAAAAAUCCAUCUCUAUGUAAAAAUAUUAUUAUCAAAUAUGCAAGUAAAAUAAUGUUCUCCAGGCCAAAGUUUGGUCACGGCGAACAGUAUCAAUAGAGACUAGCUAUCUGUGCAGAACCAGAUUUAAUAGUGUAAGAGUGUGUAAAAGCACUGGUGCUCUCUCUUCCUUCACUCUUAUAAUCUAAUGGGAUGGCUUUCUGACAUGACUGGAGAGAAAUCAGAGGCACUAGAGGUGAAACACUACCAACAUCCUGAUUCCAGGUUGAUAUGGAGAAUUUCUUGACAGAAAAUAGUAUAACUGUUAACUGAUAAAAUGAUUGAUUUAAAAAUAUCUGAUUUAGGCCUGAUCUGAGAUUCAAACCUGAGACUUCACAGUUAGCAGUCAUACUUAUGACCACUAGGAAAAUGAGGCAGUUGUAGCAGUGUAGCAAGGAUAAAUCAGUAUAGAAAACCCUUAGUUUUGGGGAAUAGUGAUUAAACUGAUAUUUUGUUGCUGUGACCAAUUCGUCGAUAAAGCUGCAAAAGGGCGAACCUCAAUUUUUCAAAAAAAUACAGGAGAGCAAGAAAACAUUUAUUAUUCCCCGAUUACUAAUUUUUUUCCAUUAAAAAAUUAAUCUUAUUUGUAGUUUUCCAUUAAGUCUAAUAUAUUUAAUUUUCUGAUGGAAAAAAGUUAGUAAUGAGGGAAUAAUAAAUGUUUUCUUAAUCUUCUAUAAUUUUUCGAAAAAUUGAGGUUCACCCCUUUGCGGUGUCAACGACGAAUUUAAUAAGUAGUAUUUUUUUUUAAUUUUAUUAUUUUCAUAUUACCAUCUCCUUCAUCAGCUUGCAAAGUUCACGGUUGGACACCAUUGUAGGUAAGGUUUGCCUUAACUGUCAAACUUGGCAGGCAGAUUGACAAUUGCAGUACCAGAUGUCUCACCAGUUUGAUGCAGUUGCAUGUUACAAAUCUGGAUAUUUUUCAUAUGGCAUAAAUAAUGCAGUAUAUCACCAUCUAUCGAAACCCAUAAAUUUAUUCUGAAAAUUCUUUAUUGUCACCCCUUAUGACACCUAAGAGAUGAAAUGGGGUAAUCAAUACUCUUAUGCUGCCAUCACAUGGACAUAUUGUUGUACACUAGAGCUAUACUAGAAUUAUUUUGCACGUGAAGUUUGGGUCACAAAUCAUUGGAGUAUUUCGCUCUCUCUCCCACUCACGGGCUUCAGAGGUGAGCAUAGUGAUGCGCAUUAUUGAUGUCGAUAAGCAUUAUUGAUAGUAUAUUUAGUUUUGUCAUUAUUUGGGGUUAGUGAUAAAAAUUAAAAAAAAAUAGAUAAAACAACGUAUUUAUUAAAAUAAGAAUAAUAAUGAUUUAAAAUAAAUUAUUAAUUAGGUCUCUAUGUAUUAAAAAAACUAUAAGUACAAAUGUUUGGAAUGUAACAAGUUAUAUUAAAAAUAAAUAUAAAUAUAAAGAUAAUAACUUAUAUCUAAAAUUAAAUUUGUUGUUAUCGAUAAUGGUGUUGUGCCUGCUCAACAUGCUCACCGCCCUAGCCGGGCUGAGGCCGAGCUAUGAUUUAUGACUCCAACUGCACGCACAAAAUAAUUUUACUAUAGACUUUAAUUUUGAACCUGCCAUUGUUAUAUAUUGUUAGGAUCUUCAUCAUCUAAAUUGCCCAUGCUCAAAAUAAUUCCUGACAUUUUGUUGAAAUUGAGUAUUUUCCAUGGACACCCUUAAAAAAGGGAGAUAGAAUUAAUUAAAUACUUAAAUAAUUACACAAAAAAAAAAACAAGUGUGAGUGUCGUGGAAUAAACAUAUUAUAUUAUUGAUUAAAAAAUAUAAAUAAAAUUAAUUACUAGCGUCUAUUAAAAUGAAGCAUCAUUUAAAAUAGUAUUUCUUUCAUGGCAAGAUAAGAAAUAGUGCAUGGGAAAUGGAUAUUAUUCCAUCUCGCUCACACUAUAGAAAGGAUGGAUGAAUAGACAUGAUGGAAAAAUCUUACACUUUCUCGCCUAGCCCCAUCCGUGAAAUUCGUACAGUGUGAUAAGGAGCUUCAUUACAAAAAAAUUACUUACCAUAAUGUAUGGCAGUGAAAAUUGGGUGUGGUGAAAGAAGCAUGAGAGUAAAAUGAAUGCUGUAGAAAUAUAGGCUUUACAAAGUUUGUGUGAUAAGAAAGUGUGGUUUGCAAGAAGAUGUGUCUAACAUUAAGAAAGGAAUGUUUCGGGGUUUGGACAGAUGAAAAGAAUGAAUGAGAAAAGACAGAAAAAGUCAAUUUAUGCUGCAGAAAUCAGUGGCAGAGUCAGCAAGGGUAACUGUAGAUUGAAGCUUACCAAUUAAAUUGGUAAUAUAUUAAAGUUGGGCCAAAACAAGAGUAUCCUUAACUGAUGAGCAUGUAUGCAUAGAUAUAUGGAUGUGAAGAAGUAGGAGAGGCAUGUUAGGUUAGGAUUUUUUUUAUAGAAGAGGGGGCAUACGAGCAUGCGGCUCACCUGAUGUUAAGUGACUACUGCCGCCCAUGAACAACCGCAACACCAGGGGAAUUGCAGAUGCAUUGCCAGCCUUUUAGAAAGGUGUAAGCUCUUUUCUUGAAGAUCCCUAAGUCCUAUCGGUCUGGAAAAAUCGCUGGUGGUAAACAAUUCCACAGAGAAGUUGUACGACGAAGAAAACUCCCAGUAAAACGUACAGUCGUGACCGCCAAGCAUCCAGAUGGUGGGGAUGGUAUCGAGAAUUUUGACGCGAUGUGCGUUCGUGAAAUUUGGCGGCAGGAAUUAAUCCGAACAAUUCCUCAGAGCACUCCCCGUGGUAGAUGCGAUAGAAAAUGCAAAAAGAUGCAACAUGCCUACGCAGCGCCAGUGAAUCAAGCCGAUCAGAAAAAACUCGUUGAUUAUUCGAACUGCUCUGCGCUGAAUGCGGUCAAGUGGAAGGAUCUGGCAUUGGGGUGCCCCUGCCCAGAGAUGAGAACAGUAUUCCAUGUGAGGCCGGAUUUGCGCUCUGCUGAGCACGCCAAGCUUUAUAGAGGCCAAUUUGGCCUUCCCUUCCAAGUGAACACGAAACUGCACACUAUUCGAUAUGUCGACGCCGAGGAUUCCGAUGCUAGCUGAGGCAGCAAGGGGAGUGCCUUGAAACUGAGGAGAUACGACAAAGGGGUUCUUUUUAGCGGUAAACGCGCAAACUUGUGUCUUCUGGGGUAUUGAACUGUACUAGAUUUAGUGGCCCCCAAUCCAAGACUUUGUUCAGCAAAGACUCUACUUUAGACACAAGUUUGUCCCGGUACUCGGCGACGUUUUCCCGAGAAAUAUUAGCACGGCCGGUAUGUAAGGCAUCACCAGUGCUGUCGUCUGCAUAGCAAUGAAUGUUACCAGUUUGCAACAUAUCAUUGAUAUUCAGGAGAAACAGCAUUGGUGAUUGUACGCGCCUUGUGGAACACCAGUGUUAAUAGGCUUGAAAUCAGAGCAUGCACUGUCUACUACGACCUUGAUGCUCCAAUCAGCAAGGAAACUGGUGAUCCAUUUUCACAAUUUCUCGGGAAGCCCAUACAAGAAGAAUGUCAUUAUGUGAGGAAGAAAAGAAGAGAAUGGAUUCCUGAGCUGAGUACUCAACGCAUAGAAUUUGGAGUUUCACACUUUAAUACCCACAUUACG